AAGUACAAAGGUUUUUUUUUUUUAGCUACAAUCACCAAAACCUCUCUUUUCUGCUCCAAAAUUCUUCAUUCUCUGUAUCACAAGUCUCAGUUUAGCCUGUUUAAUCGGCCUCAGUUGUUGAAUCGAAGGAGAAAACAGCAGAGGAUAGAAAGAAUCAGUCACCAGAAAGAUGAAGACAACCAAAGGAGGCAAAGUUAUGAACCCUACCGAUGCUUAUCGCAAGGAGAUUCGCAAGCGCGAAUUGAAAAGGAACAAGAAAGAAAGGAAGAAGGUUAGAGAAGUGGGUAUCUUAAAGAAGGACCCGGAGCAACUAAAAGAUCAGAUUGAUAAAUUAGAAGUGAUGAAGGCUGAGGGUGCACUAGAUAAAGCGAGGAAACAUAAAAAGAGACAACUUGAGGAUACACUUAAUCUUGUUCUCAAGAAAAGAAAGGAAUAUGAAGUGAAAAUGAAAGAAAAAGGUGAAGAGCCAGUAAUGUUUAGUCACCUGGGCCCCCCUCGAAGGCGGACGGCUGCAGAAGAGGAAGAAAGGAUCAAAGACCCUAAACCUGAAGACUCCGUUUAUUAUCACCCUACACUGAAUCCUACUGGAGCUCCUCCUCCUGGAAAACCUCCCAUGUUUAAAUCAUUAAUAGGACCUAGAAUACCAUCAUCAGCUGCAUCAUCGUCAAAGUCAGAUGCAGAAGAUGACACUUUAUCAGCUCUUCCGCCACCGCCACCACCACCUCCAUUGCCCCCAACUGGUGAUGCAGAUUCUGUAGAUGGGUCUGUGAUUCCUGCAUCUUUACCUUUACCUCCUCCACCACCUAUGCCCCCAAAGCCUGCAAUGACAGACAUGGGUGCUUCAUUGCCAUUACCUCCUUUGCCCCCACCACCCCCUGGCCCCCCACCAAAGGAACAUAUCUCUGGCCAUCUUCCACUUCCUCCACCUCCUCCCCGACCUCUUCAUCAAUCUGCUCAACCUCCUCAUUCUGGCAUAGUUGGAAAUGAAAGGGAUAAAAAUCUUUCUGAACUGGAUGAAAUGUCUUCAACAGAGCAAAAUCAGGCCUCGUCCAUGCUUCCCCCACCACCUCCUCCACCAGGGUUGCCAUUAAAGUCAGAUGGCAUGCCUGCUGACUCUGAUGCUAAAGUUUUGGAAACAAAAGAUCAUCUUAAAUUACCUCCACCACCUCCACGGCACCCUUCAGGUCUUGGACCUGCCAUGGUCCCAACUUAUCAGCCUGAUGUAUUACCUCCUGGAAUAUCUCGGUUCCCUCCACCCCCGCCUCCAACUGAUAUGCGGCCACCACCUGGAAUUGCCAUCCAGCCUGCUCCUCCUGGAAUGAUGGUCCCUCUCUUGCCAAGACCACCUUUUGGACCUCCUCCACUAAUGAUGAGACCACCGCUUCCACCUGGUCCCCCUCCUUUUCAACAGGAUGGUGCUAGACUGCUUGCUCCUCAAAAGCCAUCAUAUGUCAAAUCAGCUGCUUCAACAGUUGUUAAGAGGCCUCUAGCUCAGCAUACACCAGAACUUACAUCAAUGGUCCCUGCAUCUGUGCGUGUGAGGAGAGAAUCUGCGCUCCCAAAACCCAAGCCAAAGUCAUCUACUGCGGUUACAAUCAACCAGCCUGCAGUAACUCCGCCUGUUGUCAAGCAUGAAUCUACAAGCACACCUGCACCAAAACCUCAAAGCAUUGAUGACUCAUAUACAGCAUUCUUGGAGGACAUGAAAGCUCUUGGUGCUCUCGAAGGAUGAAGUAACAUCAAAUAGGAGAAAGGAAGAGGAUGGCAUGCAGAGGAAACAAGUAGCUGUUGACAAUCUGAUGAGUUUGAUAUCUCUGUGACCAUGUCUUGUGCUACUCGAAUGUCCACAACUUUAUGGUGCUUUGAUGUAUCGACCAUCUCAUUCUUUCUUCGUGUGUAUGAUCUAUGAUUCAUCUGUAUUCUGAUUUUAUCUUCCUCAACAUUUUGUCGCCUCUAAUGAGCAGUUGAUAUGCGUUAGUCCAGAGGAAGUUGGAAAACAUAUUGUAAGAUGGAUUAUUUCAAGGAACUUUCUUUUGGCGCUGCUUC